GGGAGAAAGGAUCUUGAAUCACUUGCUCUGAAGAAAGAAUACGAAGAAAAAGAAGAAGAUGAGUGUGGAUUCUGUCCCUUCGAACUCUCGUGGCAACCUUGACGAAGAGAUUUCUCAGCUUAUGCAGUGCAAGCCUUUGUCAGAACCAGAGGUUCGGGCACUAUGUGAGAAGGCCAAGGAGAUUCUAAUGGAGGAAAGCAAUGUCCAGCCUGUAAAAAGCCCUGUGACGAUCUGCGGUGAUAUUCAUGGACAAUUUCAUGAUCUUGCAGAACUUUUCCGAAUCGGUGGGAAGUGUCCAGAUACCAAUUACUUAUUUAUGGGAGAUUAUGUGGACCGUGGGUAUUACUCGGUUGAAACUGUCACGCUGCUGGUGGCCCUGAAAGUACGAUAUCCACAACGAAUUACAAUUCUUAGGGGAAACCACGAAAGUCGUCAGAUCACACAAGUUUAUGGGUUUUAUGAUGAAUGCCUGCGAAAGUAUGGCAAUGCUAAUGUAUGGAAGAUCUUCACAGAUCUUUUUGACUAUUUCCCACUGACAGCUUUGGUUGAGUCAGAAAUAUUUUGUCUUCAUGGUGGACUCUCUCCUUCGAUUGAGACUCUUGAUAAUAUAAGGAAUUUUGACCGUGUUCAAGAAGUUCCUCAUGAAGGACCCAUGUGUGAUCUCUUAUGGUCUGACCCGGAUGACCGCUGUGGUUGGGGUAUCUCUCCCCGUGGAGCCGGGUACACAUUUGGCCAAGAUAUAUCGGAGCAAUUCAACCAUACCAACAACUUAAAGCUGAUUGCUAGAGCUCAUCAACUGGUCAUGGAGGGAUUCAACUGGGGACAUGAACAAAAGGUGGUUACAAUAUUUAGUGCACCUAAUUAUUGUUAUCGCUGUGGUAACAUGGCAUCUAUCUUGGAAGUCGAUGACUGCAAAGGGCACACGUUCAUCCAGUUUGAGCCAGCUCCGAGGAGAGGAGAGCCAGAUGUAACUCGGAGAACACCUGAUUACUUCCUAUAAUUGCCAACUUUGAGUGGAUACUGACUUUUACGGCAGGGUCUGCUUGCUGGUUGACAGUGAGAUUGGUGCAGAUAAUGCAAAUCCUUUCUUGGAGCUGUUUACAGAUUUAAGAUUUAUAAUUUCAACCUUGCUAUGCUUUGGUUGUGGUGGAGGGGAUGAGAAGGGGGAAUGCAAAAGCGUGUACAAUGGGCAGGUAUGGCUCCCUUUUAUUUGAUUGUGUUCCACAUUGUGCUGGACUUCCUCAGAGGGAGGCAUCGGAUCUCGCAAUGCUGUGGUGCGUGUAUCAUUUCCAGCAGAACAUGUGGUAUUUUUUUUUGGGUGGUAGGGGUGGUUUCUGUAGAGGGAAGAAGGGGAUUCUAUUUUUUAGUGGGUGCUUUCUUCUUUUUUGUUUCUAGUUUUUUUUUUUUCCUUAAAAUUUUAUUAUCCUCAUUGGACUUCAUUGAUUCG